UCACUGAUUUGAUUCUCAAGCAAGAAACGAGAAACCCAUUAUGUCUCGUGUUGAAGCCGAAUCUGUAUCGUCGGCUAAUGGAAAUUCUUCCCUUUUUUACCCCCACUCGGUGGAGAUUAUCGCCGGCGAAUUAUCAGCCUCCUCAACCGGUGAUUUGACACUUGGACAGUUAUUUAAACACGCCACAGCCGACGGAACUUCGGUCGGUGAAACCAACAUUGAUGUCACUAAGCUGCUGCCAGUGCCACUUGUUCUUUCCUUCAACAACCUUACGUAUAGUGUAAGGGUUCGUCGCAAGUUGCCGCUGUUGGGGUUCUCCGCCGCUGGAGGAGGUGGUUUAACGAAAAAGUUGCUUAAUGAUAUCUCCGGGGAGGCGCGAGACGGCGAGAUACUGGCGGUGCUCGGAGCAAGUGGGUCCGGGAAAUCUACGCUCAUAGACGCUUUAGCUAAUAGAAUAGCGAAAGGGAGUUUGCAAGGGAACAUCACUAUUAACGACGAUAUUUUUUCGUCACGGAUGUUGAAAGCGAUUUCUGCUUAUGUCAUGCAGCACGAUUUGCUUUUUCCUAUGCUUACUGUCGAAGAAUCCUUAAUGUUCGCUGCUGAGUUUCGGCUUCCUCGGACCUUGUCCAAAUCCAAUAAGAAAACACGAGUUCAAGCUUUGAUCGAACAAUUGGGAUUACGAAAUGCUGCCAAAACUGUUAUUGGCGACCAAGGGCAUCAAGGGGUUUCAGGUGGCGAACGGCGUCGUGUAUCGAUAGGAAUCGAUAUAAUUCAUGACCCCAUCGUUUUAUUCUUGGAUGAGCCUACAUCGGGGCUUGAUUCAACCAGUGCUUUCAUGAUAGUGAAGGCUUUGCAAAGGAUUGCUCAAAGUGGAAGCAUUGUUAUAAUGUCUGUUCAUCAGCCAAGUUAUCGAAUUCUUGGAUCAGUUGACCGAUUGAUAAUUUUGUCUAGAGGGCGAACUGUUUAUAGCGGAUUAACAACGAAUAUGUCGUUAUAUCUCUCUGAUUUUGGACAUCCGAUACCCGAGAACGAGAAUAAAAUCGAGUUCGCUCUCGAUUUAAUCUGGGAACUCGAAGAAUCUUUGGAAGGGACAAAAAGCUUGGUUGAAUUCAACAAGUCAUGGCAAAGAAGAAACUCUGAGCCGGAUAGGCAAAUUUCAUCACUAAAAGAAGCAAUUAGCAUCAGUAUUUCUAGAGGCAAACUUGUUUCGGGUGUAACCAUUGAUGCUGGUUCAACAUCCAUGGUUCCCACAUUUGCAAACUCUGUCUGGAAAGAAAUCACAGUUUUAUCGAUCCGAUCGAUCCGAAAUUCAAGAAGGAUGCCGGAGGUGUUCGGUAUCCGAUUGGCUGCGGUUUUAUUGACAGGUCUAAUUUUAUCAUCUAUAUUUUGGCAACUCGAUAACUCACCAAAAGGGGUACAAAAACGACUGGGAUACUUUGUUUUUGCAAUGUCGACGACGUUUUACACUUGUACCGAUGCUUUCGCGGGUUUUCUCCUCGAAAGGUACAUUUUCGUGAGAGAAACAGCUUAUAAUUCUUACAGGAGAUUAUCUUAUGUUAUAUCAAAUGCUUUGGUCGCUUUACCGGGCCUAAUUGUCUUAGCUUUUGCCUUUUCGACCACCACAUUCUGGACAAUAGGCCUCAAAGGCGGAUUUUUCGGAUUCUUAUUCUAUUUCUUAAUCAUAUUUGCUUCAUUUUGGUCCGGAAGUUCACUUGUCACAUUUAUCUCCGGUGUUAUCCCACAUUUGAGGUUAGGCUACCCGAUCAUCGUUGCCAUCUUAGCAAUUUUCUUGCUCUUCAGCGGCUUCUUCAUCAACCGUGACCAAAUCCCCACCUAUUGGAUUUGGUUCCAUUACGUAUCCCUCAUCAAAUAUCCUUACGAGGCAGUUUUACGGAACGAAUUGGAUAAUCGGACGGAAUGUUUCGUUAGAGGGAUUCAGAUAUUUGACGGCACGCCACUCGAAGCUGUUUCCGACGCCAUGAAAGUGAGAUUGUUGCAGUCGUUGAGCGAUACUUUGGGGACGUCGGAGAUUACAAGCUCGACAUGCUUGACAACGGGAGUUGAUGUUUUGAUGAAACAGGGAAUUUCAGAUUUGAGCAAAUGGGAUUGCUUCCUCAUCACUUUGGCUUGGGGAUUAUUUUUCAGGGUUUUGUUUUAUUUCUCUUUGUUAUUUGGAAGCAAAAAUAAGAGAACAUGA